AUGUGUCCGUCUGGCUCGACUCGACGCAACGAGUCAACAACACCAUGUGCAUGCAUGCAUGCACGUACCCCUUCUCUCAGUCCCACCAUUCAACUCCUCCUCUGCAACGCCUCCUCACGUCACGCCCCUAUUCUAACGCCCUCCCCCACAUUCAUCCACGUCCUCGUCCCUGCUCAUCGCAACGUGACGUGCCGCUGUGCCGCCGUGGUCUGCCCCUCCCUGUGUGCGUAUGAGCAGGCGGAGAUAGGGUCACCGCCAGCAGGGCGGCCGUGGGGUGGGCGCAUAGAGGUCUCCGUGGACUGCUCGCCCACUGCCACGCCUGCCUUCCGGGGCAGAGGAGGCGAGGAGCUGUCGCAGGAGCUGACUCGUGUUCUUGAGAGAUCGUUUCUAGGAGGCGCAGACGGCUCAGGCGCGGCGGUGGAGCUGGGGCAGCUGAUGCUGGUGGAGCAAAAGAGCUGCUGGGUGCUGUACCUGGACGCUCUAGUGCUCAACAUGGACGGCAACCUCGUUGACGCUCUCUCCAUCGCCUUCAAGGCGGCGUUGAGCAACAGUGUGCUACCAAAGGUGGAGGUGGUGAUGGGGGAGGGUGAGGACGGGGAGCCGGAGCUAGAGGUGGUGGAUGACCCAGACGAGGGAGUGCCUCUUGACACCUCGUCCACGCCCAUCAUUGUCACUCUCAAUAGAUUGGGGAAGCAUGUGAUAGUGGAUGCCACGCCAGAGGAGGAGGCAGUGGCAGAGGCAUCACUAUGUGUAGCUGUGAGGCCGGAUGGGAGGAUUGUGAGUGCCACCAAGGGGGGCAAUGCAGGGGUGCACCCCUCAGUGCUCGCUGAGAUGCUUGACACAUCCAACCGCGUAGCCAUGUCGUUACACCGCCAGGCUGAAGCUGACACGCUGCCGCCAGCACUAUUGUCCGCUGCUCUCCAGGCGCAUUGCAUAUCGAACGCAUCUCGGGUUAUUAUCGAAUCAGAUCUUUCGAGAUCUUCUCGCUCGACGAUCUACAACACCGUCGUGGAAUGGCGCUACUUGGCCAGAGACGCUCCUUUGGCCGCUCGCUAUAAUCACGCUCUCGCGGUUGUGGAACAAGAUCAAGGGGACCCCAAGGUGUACGCGGUGGGCGGGCAGAGCAAGGCAGCGCUGCCGCCAGAUGCCUUCGUGGAGAUCUUCCUUCGCGAGGGCGACGGGUGGACCAUCGGAUCGUCGCCGCCUAUCGCCACUGCGGGCAAGACGCGUGUUGGUCACGCCACCGCAGUUAUUGACAACACGAUCUUCCUCGUGGGAGGCGAAAAGGAAGGCGUUCCUCAGAACGAUAUUUUGGAGUUCCACACAGCGUCUGACACGUGGAAGACGUUUGAGGUGGCGGGCACAGCCCCUCCCCCCUUGGCCUUCCACACUGCUACGCCAGUCAACAAGCGCAUUUAUGUUAUUGGAGGCAAGGGAGAUAGUGCAGCAGCCACCGAAGUCUAUUUAUACGACCCCAAGUCCCGUGCCUGGUCCAAGCCAGAAGUGCGUGGCACACCGCCUCCCGCGCGCUACGCGCAUGCAGCCACACUCGUUGAGCCACUCCGCAUCGCAAUCUUCGGAGGCAAGCUCUCCGGCUCAUCAGAGAACGCACCAGGCCAGGACCAGCAGCAGCAGCACCACAGGGCGUGCUCUGACCUCUGGCUUCUCCAAGUGGACGACUCCAAGCCAGACGCCAUUACAGUUUCAUGGGGGCAGGCGUCCUCUCAGCCGCCCGCCAUGCCUGUGGUCAUCUGCGGGCCCUCCGGCGUGGGCAAGGGGACACUGAUCAAUAGGCUGAUGGAGGAGUUUCCUGGGAGGUGCGGGUUUUCCGUGAGCCACACGACGCGGGGGCCGCGGCCGGGGGAGGAAGACGGGGUGCAUUAUAACUUCACGACGCGCGAGGUGAUGGAGAAGGAGAUCGCGGAGGGGCGGUUUCUGGAGAAGGCGGACGUGCAUGGGAACCUUUACGGGACGAGCGUGGCUGCUGUCAAGAAGGUCACGGAUUCUGGCAAGAUGUGUAUACUGGACAUUGACGUGCAGGGCGCACGGCAGGUGAAGGCAUCCCCAGCGCUGGACGCUGUGUUCAUCUUCGUGGCGCCUCCCUCCUUUGAGGAGCUGGAGCGACGGCUCAGAGGCAGGGGCACGGAGACGGAGGAACAGGUGGAGAAGAGGCUAGGCAAUGCGCGCAAGGAGAUGGAGGCGGGCAAGGACGCCACACUCUUCAACCACACCAUCAUCAACGAUAACCUUGAUGCCGCCUAUGCCAAGCUCAAGGCGCUGCUUGGGCUGGGGGCUGCAGCAGAGACGGUGUCAGGGGGUGCGGCCUGGCCUGCUCCUCGCUCCCAUGCAGCAGCAGCAGCCGUGGCCUCUCGCAUCAUUCUCCACGGAGGCCUCUCGUCCCGCGGGGCUCCUCUCUCAGAUCUUCACAUCCUCGAUCUGACAAACCUGUCUGGGGAGCCUCCAGCAGCAGCUACAGGGGUGCGUUGUGUCCCUACACACUCCAUCCCCACGCCUGCCUCCCCUUCCCUCAUCACCAACAUCCUCACCACGCUCGGCCUCUCCGAGCCUCCUAACACGGCUGAGAGAAUCCCGGCAAGGUUCGGGCACCGAGCCGUUGUGGUAGGCCCGGGAGAAGUGCUGUUUGUUGGUGGGGCUGCUUCGGAGGAAGGCUCGGCGACGGCGGGCCUGGCUGAGACGGCGUUGCUCGCACUGAAAGGGUUGACUGCUGUGCAUUAA